AGGAUGGCCAGCAGGAAGGCGGGGACCCGGGGCAAGGCCGCAGCCACCAAGCAGGCCCAGCGAGGCUCUUCCAAUGUGUUCUCCAUGUUUGAGCAAGCCCAGAUCCAGGAGUUCAAGGAAGCCUUCAGCUGCAUCGACCAGAACCGUGACGGCAUCAUCUGUAAGUCAGACCUUCGGGAGACCUACUCCCAGCUCGGGAAGGUGAGCGUUCCGGAAGAGGAGCUGGACGCCAUGCUGCAGGAGGGGAAGGGCCCCAUCAACUUCACCGUCUUCCUCACACUCUUUGGGGAGAAGCUGAACGGGACAGACCCCGAGGAAGCCAUCCUGAGCGCUUUCCGCAUGUUCGACCCCAAUGGCAAGGGUGUGGUGAACAAGGAUGAGUUCAAGCAGCUUCUCCUGACCCAGGCAGACAAGUUCUCUCUGACUGAGGUGGAGCAGAUGUUCGCCCUGACGCCCAUGGACAUGGCAGGGGACAUCGACUACAAGUCUCUGUGCUACAUCAUCACCCACGGGGACGAGAAGGAGGAGUGAGCUCGACGCAGCUGCGACUCGGGGCCAGCCCUUAGGGACACCACAAUAAAUGCUGUUUUCCAAUCACACCUGCAGU